ACUCGACCAGCGAUGGUCAUCCCCGUGAGCCGAGGAAAAACGUUGUUCUGGGCAACCCUUGCUCUGGCCUUCACCUUGUUCCACUCUUGUCGGGGUGGUUUCCACGGCGGCGGAGGUGGUAGCCUCAUUAUUCUGACCGCGGGAGGUGGCCAUGGAGGCGGCUUUGGCGGUGGCUUCGGUGGUGGCUUUGGUGGAGGCUUCGGCGGUGGCUUCGGUGGUGGACACGGAGACACUUAUGUCUCGGGUCCUUCCUACGUAGUCAAUACUAUUCAUUGCGUGAGCAAGAUUGGCCAUGGUGGACAUGUUCUGGGCCAAGUUGGACCCUGGAAACCCUGGUGGUAG